CGUUAAACUAUCAUUAAGCCGGUGUUCUCAGGAGAAGUCGACUCUACCUGAACCAUUCCUCCACAACUUCUUCUAUAAUAGAGCGCAAGCAAUUGAGUAAUCUUUUAUUUGUUUAUUUCCUCUAUUCUGCGCUCAUACAUUUGAUAAUAAGGUCUUUCUUUUCUUUUUCUUUUUAGUUAUUUAUUUUUUUCUCAUCUUUCAAAGGUUUGAAAGAAAAGAUCUGGGUUGCAUCUUUGGUCGCACGAAUUCUGUAGCUUCUUUGGAGGAUUUGGCAUUUUUUUCGAUAUCUGUCGCGCGUCUUUGGGUCAUUCUUUCUUUAGCUGGUUUUCCAUCGUCUCAAUUUCGAUCCUCGCAUUGCAUCUGGGAUUUUUUUUUUCCUCCUUCUUCCUUCCUUCCUUCCUUCCUUCCUUGUGGGCUUUCGUUGUGGACUAACUGAAACAUAGAAAUCUUGAGGAAACAUUGUAAAGUCUUUCCAACAUUAGUCUUUUCAUAGCUAAUCCGUUCACUUGUUUUUCUUGCGCCUCAAUUGAGAAAAGCACGGAACUCGUCUGUUCUUCUUUUGCUUCGUUUUAUCCACAAACCGCUCUUUUCAUCCAUUUUUAUAAUUCUUAUUAUUAUAUUCAUUGGUUGCUUUCUACAUGUUGGUAUCAUUGCCUUGUUGAUUGCUAGUCAAUACUUUCAUUCUUAUCCUUUCUAUCUGCUUAAAAUAUUUGUACAUAGCUUUCUUGUGCAUGCUCUAAUCUUGUCUCUUUUCUUUCUCUCUUUAGUUUUGCAUUCAUAAUUAGCAUUUUCUAUGCUUGACUGUUUCCCGCUCGUUUCUUCUGCUGUUCAAGUCUCGUUGACUUUACUUGUUAUAUGAUUGCUUUUAAAUAAUCUCUCUCCUACUUACCAUUGAUUUAAAUCGAUUUUUAUUUUAUUCAUAUAUAAUGAUAAAACGGCCGCGGUUUUUUUCGUCUCCCCGAACUUUUGGGAAUUGGACGUUUCGCGUCUUUCUUCUAAGUUUUCUUGUCGUUCUCUACUUUUUCCUUAGUUUCACCUUUCCUUCAUCGUCGCUCUCCUUUACCUUUCCGAUCGGCUCGAAUACCAUGUCUUCCGGGUCCCUCCGUCAACUCGAGAACAUCCGAAAGGUGUUUUAUUAUACCAUGGAUCGCCAGCUUGCAGGCAUUCGUGAAGUAGCCCUUGUUCAUUUACCAUGCGCUGCCGAUUCUGAAAAUUUUUUGUCUAUCUUAGGGCAAAGACAAUAUUUAAAGGAGAGAAAUGUCUCCAUUCGUUUUGAAUCCUGUUCUUCUACAAACAGACAACCGCCAUCUAAUGUCACUUUCCCCAAACUUCACCCUAUGUAUUCCGCUGUCCUUCAAGCCGCUACCAUAAAAGGUGAACCUUUUAAACUACAAGACGUUGUCACUUCCUCCAACCCUUCCCUUAGUAGCAUUCGUCAUUAUAAAUUACGCUCUUUUCCCAUCAAUUUUCCUUUCUUCGUUGAUGAAGAGAUGCAACGUUCUCUAGAUACUUUGCGUGGUCAUCCAGAUGUUUACUUGACCUCUUCUCGCGUAACUGAAGACUCUAGAUACGCACGCUCUGGGGUUGGUACCUUUACAUUUGCUCCUGACUCUUCCAUCACAUAUUUUAAUCAACUAAGUCAUUUCUACCAACCCAAAUCAUUGAAAAACAACGUGAAUCUUAUUUUAUCUAGGGAUCAUGAAGUGCCUAUAGCAGGUCUAAAAGCCAUCAAGUAUCCUUGGGCAAUUAAUUUUUGGGGUACCGAACUGGAUAAUCAAAUCACAAAUGUCAACACCACACUUGUUAAGCAAGCAACCCAGUUGCUUGAUUAUGCACACUCUUUAAUUACCAAGACCCCUUACUUUAUAACGGAUAAAUUUCAAUUACAUCUGCUUGCCAGUUACGCGAAUUUAAAACAUGUGUACAUCAUCAAUGAUUAUGAGUCUGAAUACGGCAAGUAUGAGCUCGAUUGGUUACAAGGUCUUCAUUCAAAAGGAAAUUUAGCAGUUGCUAAGGAUUUAUAUUCAGCAAUGUUGAUUGUGAAUAGUUGGUUAGGUAACAACUAAUUGAGAAGGAUGCUUUGGCCAUAGCUCAAAGUUCUAAAUAAUUAAGUUGUUGCUGGUUAUCUAAUGUAAAACAUUCUUUACUGUAAUGUUUGAAUUCAGUCUUUAUACAGACUAGUGUUUGAUAUAUAUGUACAUAUAUCAAACAGAACAAAAACUUUCGUUCUUUUGCAUUUUUCUUACUUCUUUCAUCUUUUCUGUCAAUUUUUUCUCGGUUCGUUUUUUUUUAUCUAUUUAUUUCUUUUGCACUGAUGAUUUCUUUAUUUUUAUUUCUUUCUUAUGAUGUUUUAAUGCAUACAUUACUAAUCUUUUUCCCUAAAAAAAAGUAAAGUAUAUGGGCGUUGUUUAGUACUUUAAUCUUUAUUACAAUUGUAAGUGAUUGAUUGAGUUGAAUGUUUAUAGUAGCAUGCCGG